GGGGAGGGAAGGGGGUGGCUGCGCCGGGCACAGCAUGGCUGCCAAGGCAUGGGCCUUGAUUUGUGUUCUAACUUCCUCACUGAUGCAUCUCAGUAAUGUUUGCCUUUUUCACCUCAGCCAAACAAUGGACUGGCAUAUGAGGCUUUGGAAUUGAAUGUAAUUGUUCUUCACUCGCAAGAUUUCCAACGCUGACAUGUUAAGCUGACUCUUGGAAUUCGGUCUAUCAAAAGGAAAGCCCAGAUGGGAUGCUGUUAAGGUUGCAUAGUUAAGCACUCAGGGAUCAAGAAGUGGGCAGAGUUUGUAUGUGUGAAAACUUUUAUGUCCAUUACAGGGCCAUAGAGUUUCCAUCACUGUUUGUUACUCAGUGUCAUACUACUUGUACAGCGUUUAUAUGGUGUAUAAGUUUUUACCUGUUACACACAGAUGUGUGUUUGGAGUCUUCAGAAGUGUUUCCUGAUAGUGCUUUGAGAAAACUGAGUUGCAAAUUAUAUUUGCACAAGUGCCCAGUAAAAUUAGAGGUGAGAUGUUCAGUAGAAUUUUAACCUACUGAUAACUAAAUUGUCUUUCUAAGUGCUGGCUUCGUUCUCUGAAUUGCAGAAAACACAAGCUUUAUGGAAAGACUAUGGUAAUGCACGUAUAGUGCUGUAAUGGGCUUGUACACAGCAUCUCAUGCUUUAUUUCUUCAUUUUUGAGUGCUUAACAAUGCAAGCACCAUGCUUUGUUUGCCCUUUAGUCAGAUACCUUUAAAGAGACACGUUACACAAUCUAGCUAAUGCCACCUGUGAUUCACCCAGAGUAUGUUUUAUAGCUAAAUAGGCUGUGGCUGCGGAGUGAACGUAAGCUGCCCUUCCUCCACGAACCAUUACACAGUUCUGGCUAUGGUGAUUGUAUCAUGCAUGUUCAAGGUGUGACUUGAUAUCUUUUUAAAGUCAUACUGCUUGGUAAAAUAUGAAGUUAUUUUCAGUGGGAAGUUCUAAGGUGCUUCUCAAUGAAACCUGUUCACAUACCUGAUUUGGCCUUUGCCACUUUGCUACUUUAUCUGUUCAGCUCAAGGCCAGAAACUGAUAUUUGUAACAGCAGAAAGUAUGUGUAAUGUUUUUACUUUAUGCUUCGUAGCCACUAAGCUAUCUUCAAAGGAGUUAAAACUGUAUUAAAGCAAAUUCCAAACUUGAAUGAUUUCAGUAGGCACGUUAAGGCAUAGAAACUUGUGUAAAAACUGUAGACUUUGCAUGGAAGUGUUGUACACCAUUGAACUUCAUUUCUGCUGUGGAUAGCAUGUGAAUAACUUUUGGCAGUUGUUUUAAGCUGCAUAGCACUAAUAUGGGAUAACAUCUUUAAGUGCUGUGGUCUGUCUUUUUCCACUGUGAUUGUUCUGCAUGUGUGAACUUGUAUCCAUUGGGUUACCUCUAUUACCCAGAAUGCAUAAACUGCUUGUUUAAAAGUGAUCGUCUUAUCAACAAAGUGUAAUAUGAAUGUCAUAUGCUAAAAAAGUAGUUGUAAAACAACUGUUCAAGUAAAGCCAUGAACCUUACUUCAGUAUCCGGUGAGUCUGUUUGCAUGCUUCAAAUUAAAUGCAUGCAUCACUCUUUUGAAGGACUAGAGCCUGUCUGUCAAAGUGUAUCAAUGAGUAGAUAAGGUUGCUGCCCUUACCUUCUUGACAAUAUUUAGGAUGUUUCUAAUGCCUGGGAAAUAAACUCUGUUACACAAUUUGGGUAUACUUAACAACUUUUUAUUCUCUUUUUGCUUAUAUCUAUUUUUUUUUAACUGCCUUGGAAACUGUGUCAGUGGAGUUACAUGUUUCUGGUAGCGUCAUAUUUACUGUUAAGGAAGGCCAUUAGUGCCCAUCACGGACUCCCUGUGUGCCCUGGUGUAAGUGUGGUCCGAUGUUUCACAGUGAAGGCCCCAGUCCCACAAGAUGCAUUGCAUUGACUGAAUUCACUGGAGUUCUGGCCCUGCCUCUGGUCCUUUUUGUGUGCACAAGUGGCCCGGUGCCAUUUGAAUUGAUGAGGUCUGGGUUUGCAGUGGUUGAAAUAUGAAUACCAUGACAAUAAGAUUCAAGGAGAACAUGAUUCCAGACAAUGCCAGAACCAUUAGAUCCUGAUGCAACCAUGCCAGAAGUGCUAUCUUGCUAUCACGGAUACCCAGUAUGCUCCUUUUCUGCAUCAUCCAUCUGCAUUGCACCUCCUUCAUUCAGCUCCUUCUCCCAUGCUCCUUUCCCCCUUGCUAGCAAUAGAUUGGGUUGUGUCUGGAUACAGACUGAAUUAGCUCUUCUUGCCUUAGAUAACACUGUUCUUCCCUUCCUCCUUCAAAAUGGCAUAGCAGAAUUGCAUUGUAUUACAUGGGCCCUCAAAAGUGAACAGGUGAGGGAUCCUAGCAUCGUGAUGGGCUUCUGUGUCCCCAAAGGGAGUGUAGUCCCUUGUGGAUAGGCUCCGGACACCCAACAACGCCAGCGACAUUGUGGGAAACAAGUGGCUGAUGAGUAAGGAGAGAACCUCUACUUCCCCAAAUCAUCACUCAGUUUGUGCUUUAAUAGUGUCAUGACACUUCAGUACAUCAUGGUCACAUUUCUUUGGCUGUGAUAGCAUUGUGUAAGACCCAAGGGGAAGUUACCCUUACUGGUCUGUAUGAGUCCAGCACUGCUUGCUGUUGUGUCGCUGGGCGUAAGCUUGUAAAUUCGGAAAUGCUUUAUGUAUCAUAAAACUCUUUUUUUCACCUCCUCCUCAGAGAAAAAUGUGUAUUAUUUUGCUGCUUGAGACCUUUUACUAUGUCCUGUCUUCUUAAGAUGCCAGAGUUUAUCUGAUGAAGAAUUUAUGUUAAUCUUGGUAACUUCAUACCUAGGAGAAAGCAAGUGAUUUACUCUCCUUCCCCCUCCUACCCACCAUUGUCAUAUGCUUUGUUUCAUUUUGUUUCUUUUCCUGCACAUUUACCUUCAUGGGAACCACCUAACCCUACAAGGUGUGCAUCCACUUCCAAGGCCCACUGGUAAGAAUAAUCUCAGAAAGAAUAACCUGCAGGAAAACUCCACAGAGCUCCGUUCUGCAGUGAGCACUGGGGGAGCAGCUGCCCUGCAAAGGAGCUUUAUUACACUGUUCCAUUUCAGUCUUAGUUGUGCCUGUGUGUUUAUGGGUGCUACUGUACUUGCCCCCUUUUCUUUACCAGAGCAAGGUGGGGGCUGUUUUGUGGAUUUAUGUCUUUAAUACAUUAGAUGGGACUACGUCUUGAAAUUACCGGAGUUCUUAGCAUGUUUCUGAAACUUACUUUUUCCUCUAUAGUGUCCCUUUAAGAUCAGCUGCAGAGUAACCUGACUUCCAGGGUAGCCCUGGGAAAGUGUUACUGGGCUGAGAGUUAUGCAUACAUCCUCGCAUGCAUCUCUUCCAUCGUGAUACUGCUGAAAAGUGUUUUUAAGUUAUCUGGAUCUUAUCAUGUCAGGAAAUGAAUUCCACUUUCUAUGCAGCUUUAUGUUCCAGGAAGUUAGAGAUGCUCUUGGAAAUGUGCUUCAAAUGAUAAGGCGUUCUUCCUGAUGCUGUAAUGUAGACAAGCUUACAUCCCUGAAUGAUAACAAUCUGUCUUCUGACCAGCUUGUUUAGGCCAAUGUCUAUUUUAUUUAUCUAUGUUGUCCAAGGAUUGUGACAAGGAGGUGGCUCUAACCAAGAGAGCUGAUCCAGCUGAGUUGAAAACAAUAUUUUUGAAGUAUGCAAGUGUGGAGAAGAAUGGGGAAUUCUUCAUGUCUCCUAAUGACUUUGUCACACGGUACCUGAAGAUAAUUGGGGAUGGUUUGCCAAAUGCAAACACUGUUCAGCUCCUUGCAGGUGUGGUGGAUCAGACAAAAGAUGGGUUGAUAUCCUUUCAAGAGUUUGUGGCAUUUGAAUCAGUCCUGUGCGCUCCAGAUGCAUUGUUCAUAGUAGCCUUUCAGCUAUUUGACAAGACUGGCAAAGGAGAAGUUACUUUUGAGGAUGCUAAGCAAGUUUUUGGCCAGACCACGAUUCAUCAGCACAUUCCAUUUAACUGGAAUUCAGAGUUCGUACAGCUGCAUUUUGGAAAGGAUAGAAAAAGACACCUAACGUAUCCCGAGUUCACCCAGUUUUUACUGGAGAUACAAUUAGAACAUGCAAAACAAGCUUUUGUGCAGCGAGACAAUACUCAGGCUGGAAGAGUCACAGCUAUGGACUUCAGGGACAUUAUGGUCACUAUCCGACCACACAUGCUGACACCAUUUGUUGAAGAAUGUCUAGUUGCUGCUGCUGGUGGUACCACUUCUCAUCAGGUCAGCUUUUCCUAUUUUAAUGGAUUUAAUUCUCUCCUUAACAACAUGGAGCUCAUUAGAAAGAUCUACAGUACUCUGGCUGGAAAUAGAAAAGAUGUGGAAGUCACUAAGGAGGAGUUUGUUCUGGCAGCUCAGAAAUUUGGUCAGGUUACACCCAUGGAAGUAGACAUCUUGUUUCAGUUAGCAGAUUUAUAUGAGCCACGGGGGCGUAUGACAUUAGCUGACAUUGAAAGAAUUGCUCCUCUGGAGGAAGGAACGUUGCCCUACAACCUGGCUGAGGCUCAGAGACAGAAAGCUCCAGGUGAUGUGUCUCGACCAGUCCUCAUCCAGAUUGCAGAAUCAGCGUACAGGUUCGCCCUUGGUUCAGUUGCUGGAGCUGUUGGAGCCACUGCAGUCUACCCAAUUGAUUUGGUAAAAACUCGUAUGCAAAACCAGCGCUCUACAGGCUCUUUUGUGGGAGAACUUAUGUAUAAAAACAGCUUUGAUUGCUUCAAGAAAGUGCUUCGUUAUGAAGGUUUCUUUGGGCUUUAUAGAGGUCUGUUACCACAGCUAUUAGGAGUAGCACCAGAGAAGGCCAUAAAACUUACUGUUAACGAUUUUGUGAGAGAUAAGUUUAUGAGUAAAGACGGCUCCGUCCCACUGGCUGCAGAAAUUCUUGCUGGUGGCUGUGCUGGAGGUUCUCAAGUGAUCUUUACCAACCCACUAGAAAUUGUCAAGAUUCGAUUACAGGUGGCUGGAGAAAUUACUACUGGCCCUCGUGUCAGUGCCCUCACUGUACUACGGGACUUAGGCUUCUUUGGUCUCUACAAGGGCGCUAAGGCGUGUUUUUUGCGUGACAUCCCCUUCUCUGCUAUUUACUUCCCCUGUUAUGCUCAUUUGAAAGCUUCAUUUGCCAAUGAAGAUGGAAGAGUCAGCCCUGGAAAUCUGCUCUUGGCUGGGUCAAUAGCUGGUAUGCCUGCGGCCUCUCUGGUGACUCCUGCAGAUGUCAUCAAAACAAGGCUACAGGUAGCAGCCCGGGCAGGACAGACCACUUACAGCGGCGUUGUAGAUUGCUUUGUGAAGAUCCUUCGAGAGGAAGGUCCAAAGGCUCUGUGGAAAGGAGCAGGAGCUCGUGUGUUUCGAUCAUCCCCCCAGUUUGGUGUAACUCUUGUGACUUAUGAACUACUGCAGAGAUGGUUUUACGUGGACUUCGGGGGAGUAAAACCAGUUGGAUCGGAGCCCGUUCCUAAAUCCAGGAUCACGCUCCCUGCUCCUAACCCCGACCAUGUUGGUGGUUACAAAUUGGCAGUUGCCACUUUUGCAGGGAUUGAAAACAAGUUUGGACUUUACCUACCUCGGUUUAAGCCAUCGCCACCUACCUCAAAGGCUGCUGCAGCAGUAGGACCCUAAGCUUAUUGCUGUAGGCUUUUUGUUAUUAGUUGGGAAAGAGCCACUUUUCUAAUUGGUUAAUACUUUUGUUCCUUUAGCUUCACAUCGUAUAACAGUUUGGCUUCAUUUGAGUUUUAAGGCAGUUCUCAUCUUAAACGUAAUCAUUUGUCUUUGUGCUUCCUUAACCAGAUCACUGUGAGAUUCUUACCAGUCGUUUUAAGUUUGGGACCAUGAAUGUAUCUGUCCACAUCUGACAUGAGCUUGUGUUGGGAAGACACUAAUUUUAGGUUCCAUUUAUUGGGGAGGGUUGGGUGAGAGCUGUGAACCAGAUCAUCUUACAGACAGUGCUCAGCUGCAGAUUCCCAGGGCGGAUGUCACACAUUGUCACUCAGAUGGAAAAAAACUCAGCGGAUAUCACGGUGCUCAAAGCAGAAUGAUUUUGAUUGUAUGUGUAAAUGGGUUAUCAACUUAGCGCGUGUCUGUAGAGGUCAGCAAAUAUACCCCUGGUACCUAAGUCUGCCAGUACAGCUUCAACUUUUUAAAUAUGUCCACGCACAAGUUCUGUUUCUGGAUUGUAUUAUGAAGCUUUUAUGUGGAACAUGUUUUUGUAAUGGAAACCACAUUUAUAAAUGUUCAGCCGUUGUAUUAUGUUACUAGUAUCAAAAUGCUCAAAAGAAAGUGUUAUUGUCCAUAGUCUUUGCACUUUAUGGCAGUACUUUUGGCAUUCUACUACACAUACAAGGAAAUUUCAUAACUAGGUGCCUAUCUUGGGUUGCUGGUGUUUGGAAUUCAGUUUGUAUAUGCACUCUAGUAAAACGCUGCUUGUUUAAAUAGCUGCAAUAGAAAAUUCAUGCACUGUAUCAAUGGUACCUGCCUUAACUGCUGGCUUGUAAUUGGCAAAUAGGUGGUUUCAGAUUCUUAUUUACUUCAUUGAGUCCACAGAGAUUAAAAUACUCUAAAAGAAAAGAUUUUACUUAAUUUUUUGGUGCCUUGCACAGUGUUUAGAAAAUUAUGUAUUUAUGAAGAUAGUAAUAAACCUUUCAAACAGA